AUGGUUAGAGUUUCAGGCAUCAUGGGCGGUACAUUUGGAGUCGUAUUCCUCCUUCUCUUGGGGUUGACCUGGUCUUGUGAUGCUAGAAACCCCGUUCUUCUCGGACCAUUCGGUAAGAUUCAAUCAUCUCAAGCUUGUGAAGUGUGUGAUAAGUAUGUCACGCUGGCCAUUGAUUACCUUCAAGAUGACGACAACCAGAGUGCUCUCGUCGAGGCGCUUCACGCGAGCUGCUCUCAGAUUCCUCCUUUGAAGAAACAGUGUCUUUCAAUGGUAGAUCAUUAUACCGAGCUUCUCUUCACACAAGUCUCGGUAGUCAAGCCAGACCAGAUCUGCAAACGGCUUAACCUCUGUCAAGCAGUGACGACGGCGCCAGGAAACUGCGAGUCUUGCCGCGAGACGGUCUCGGAAGCUGUCACAAAACUGAAGGAUCCCGAGACAAAGCUCAAGAUAAUCCGCUUGCUUCUCAAGGAAUGCAAAUCUCUAAACAACUACCAGGACAAGUGCAAGAAGAUGGUUUUCGAGUACGGUCCUCUGAUGCUUGCGGAUCUGGACAAGUUUCUCGAAAAGAACGACCUCUGCUCUAUCCUUCGCGUCUGUCCAGCUCCACCCACCCACCGCCCCUACGUUCCUGCGCUCGCAGAUUCCUAA